AUACUGAGGAGAUCAAGUCGCUCAAUGAUCUGAUAUCGCAGACAAAGCCAUUGUUGACCACAACAAUCUUGUACAAUAGUUGGACAUCGGUUAGUCAGCACAGACCACCCCCGACCCGACGUCAUCCCCGAUCCCCGUUUCUCCAACCAACACCACAUCCUCAAUUCACCACCAUCACCAUCACCAUCCGGUCUAUCAAAAUGUCCCUCCGCGCACCUCUCCGCCGAAUCCAUCUCUCUCGCGCCAUACCCCGGCGCCAAAUCCCCGCAAUCCGCUCCCUAACCACCGCCUCCCCCCGUCUGGUUCUCCCUCGACCUCGACCUAUCGUUCCCGGUCACCCCGGAUACACAACCCCAACCCCAACCACAUCAACCCCCAGAAUCACCACCCCCACGCACCGAACCUACUCAACCUCAAACUCAACCGGGAAACCAACCGCCGAUCUCAUCGUCGAUGAGUUGCAGGAACUGUACGAAGUCGCCAAAGACGAAUUCGAAAUCGCCACCGAAAGCACCGAUUCGGCGACUAUCUACGCGGCUUCGGAUCGGGAAUCGGCCCGCGAUGCACUGGAUGAACUCGUGGCUGUGUAUACGGUCUAUACCCGGGAUGGGUCGUUUGUGAGUCAACAGGGGAUGGGGAUUGGGCAGGGACAGGGGCUGGUAAAUGUGGAUACGGGGUUGAAUCCCGAGGAGGUGGAGGAGGGGGUUAGAUCGGAGGUGAAGAGGAGGGUGGGUACAAGGGUUAGGGAGUUGGUGGGGGCUGUGGAGGCUUUGGAAGAGAGGGCGAAUGCUCAUGAUUAA